AUGGUUCACUUCACAAAGUCUGCGGCUGCAGCCGUCCUCACCUUCUGCUCUGCCAUCCAAGCUAGCCCAGCAGCUCCUCUAGACACUAGGCAAACCGAGCAAGCAGAAAUCAAUCACCCAAUCGGCUUCGACGCCGCUGCUGCUCGCCGUGUUCCAGCCGAUGCUCCAGUUCCCAAGAUUGCUAUCGUUGACGCCGCGGAAAUCACCGGCAAUAUUACCGAGGCAUCUCCUUUCACACCUUCUGGUGCCGCCCUCGAGGAGGUCACCAAGCGCUUCAUCGUCGGCGUAGAUAACCGUCACCUCUGGACUGACCCCAAUUACCCUUUCCACUCCGUCGGAAAGCUUCAGUGGUCUAACGGAGUCUUCUGUUCCGCUGCCUUAAUCGGCCCUCGUCACAUCCUCUCUGCCAAGCACUGCAACCCCGAUCCUCCUAUCCCGGGAUCUUUCUACCCCGGCUUCGACAAUGGAGCCCGCUUUGGCUCUGCCCAAAUCACCAACGGUCUCUUCACCUAUGGCCAAGAACCCUUCUCCCCUUGUGAAACCAAGGGUGACUGGGUAGUCUAUGCUCUCGACCAGCGCCUCGGUGAUCAACUCGGUUAUUUCGGAGCGAAGGUGCCUGAUCGCAACAUGUUUGACAAGCCUCAGUUCUUCCACAUGGGCUACCCUGGUGACAAGGACGGUGGUAACCGUCCCUACCGACAGACCGACAUCACGGUUCACUCCAAGAGAACCUUUGACUGCGACUCAACUGGCCCCUUUUACACUGACACAGAUACCAUGGGAGGCCAGUCCGGUGGCCCUCACUGGGAACUCGAUGGCAAUGGAAACCGAUGGAUCUGGGGUGCCCUCUCCAUCAGUGUCACGAGUUCUGCGGAGACUUACGCUGGCUGGGCUUCUGGCAGUUCUAUGAUAGACGGCAUUCUCAAGAUGCGAGCUGACUUUCCUUAG